UUUCCAGGAGCGAUGUGAAGGCAUUGAAAUAACUCAAGUCUGCUCCUGGACUCUUGAAGUUUACACAUUUCAUGCGAUGGAAUAUAUGUGUGUGCUUGUGUGACCUGUGUGAUUCUUGUUUUAUGGAUAUAAAGAUAGGCCACGUCUUUUAACGUGGAAUAUACAAAGAGAAAAAAAAUAUAGCAAAUGAAGUGAUACUUUCAGUGAGUCCAGUGGAUCAAAAAGUGAAACAAGGAUACUUUCAGUGAGUCCAGUGGAUCAAAAAGUGAAACAAGGAUACUUUCAGUGAGUCCAGUGGAUCAAAAAGUGAAACAAGGAUACUUUCAGUGAGUCCAGUGGAUCAAAAAGUGAAACAAGGAUACUUUCAGUGAGUCCAGUGGAUCAAAAAGUGAAACAAGGAUACUUUCAGUGAGUCCAGUGGAUCAAAAAGUGAAACAAGGAUACUUUCAGUGAGUCCAGUGGAUCAAAAAGUGAAACAAGGAUAGUUUCAGUGACUCCAGUGGAUUACACAGUAUGGAUACAAUAGUUUAAAUGCACUACUCUGGAUACAUUGGAUUGUAAAUCUACUCACAUUUAUUCCUGGUUAUAGGCUUCUAAACAAGGCCAAAUCAUCCAGUUAUUUCAUCCAGGAUCAAGUCAUCUUUUCUAAGGUGAAGUCACCCUAUCUAAGACCAAGUCAUCUCAUUCAAAGUCAACUCGUGUAUCUAAAUGGUUGAGUAAUAUUGCCAUGGGUUAAAAGAGCAAGCCUUGCCUGAUUCCCGUUGUUCUGAUAUACCCCAAGACGAAUUACAGGAUCUUUGUAUGUAACGCAAUGGUUCGCUCAGUGAUCGCUUUGAAGUGUUCGUAUACUUGAUUUCAUUAAAAUAAUUCUUGGAUUGGAUUCAAAAAAUCAUAGUCAAUUUUAUUUCUCUGGAUUAAUUCAUUCAAUGAUAUUCUCGGAUUUAUGCAAUUUUUGGAUUUAUUUCAAAUUGUGUAUAUUGUGCGUAUAGUGAACAUCGGAGUUAAUCAUUUUUACAAUGGCUAACCAAAGCUGAUAGUGGACAGACUUCCAGUGGUGACCGAAAUAGAUGUUGGAUAAUGGGCGAUUAUCCUUCCCCGUGGACUAUUGUGGGAUUUCUAUUUGCAAUAGUUGCAUGUACUGCUCAAACCGUUGAAUGGAUUGGACGUCCUCUAAGUACCAGUGUUCGAGAAGGCGAGAAUGUCACUUUUGUCUGCCGUUUAAAUAUUGACGAUCCUUAUUUGAUAUGGAGUAAAGAUAGUGCAGGUCCUGGAAAUAUGUCCAUCUUGUUUGUGAAGUCAGAAAGAUUUGAUGCAUCAAGCCGUGUUUAUAUUGCUAACAAAUAUGACCUUGUCAUCACGAAUGUCAAAAGAGAAGACAAUGGAAUGUAUGCAUGCCGAACAAAAGAUGCUGGCAUACAAACAGCAACACUCACAGUUUUAUUGCCGCCAGGCACUACAAGUAUCACGCGGGACGAUAUCAGUCCAGUCUACACCGAGGGUAAGGUUGUGAAAUUCAAAUGCUCAUCUAGCGGAGGCAACCCACCGCCAACCAUUAUUUGGUUAAAGAAUGGCAACAUCAGUGCAGAAAUUCCUGAGUACAAAGCGUCCACUGAGCUGGCCGGUGUUUCCAGCAGCACUAUAACUGUAAAGUUGGACAAAACUGACCAUCAAGCCAACUACAGCUGUUUAGUCUACAACGAAGUAAAUGUCAAUAACAAACUGCUGGAUUACGUCGUUUUAAAUGUUAAAUAUUCCCCAUCCAUUGCAUUCCAGCCUUAUUCACCAGUUUAUUUUGUCAAAAUCGGAGUCAAUAUUGAAAUCUUCUGUGAUGUUGAUGCCAACCCUGCAGUCAGUUCAGUCACAUGGUCUAAAGAUGGCAUUGGAUUGUCAGGAACAAGUCCAAGAAGAGUUUUGUCCCCUGUCACUAAAUCGGAUAAUGGAACCUAUACAUGCACUGCCAAAAACAGCAUUGGUGAACAUUCUGGUUCAUUUGACAUCAAUGUCCAGUAUGCACCAAACUUAAGUGCCCAGCCUACACUGACAGCUAAUGAAGGAGACAGCGUUACAUUGAACUGUAUGAUAGAUGCCAACCCAAAACCAUUUGAAGUUGUUUGGUCCAAGAUGUCCCCCAAUGGUUCUCUCCAGAACAAAGUCACCUCUUCCACUUUUAAAAUUGCGACGGUCAGUAGAACAGACGCUGGAAACUAUUCUUGUCGAGCUCAAAGUCAACUUCGAAUUUCUGGAGAAAAUGUUGAGUUUGUCACUUCGGAAGUUUUUACAUAUCUUUAUGUGCAAUACAAACCUGGUAAAGCAUCACUUGGUCCGGUGCCUGAUCUAGAUGUUGGAGACAGACUUGAAAUCUUGUGUACCGCGACACCUAAUGGCUAUCCAGAGCCUGUGUACACGUGGAUGAAAGACGGUCAAACUCUGCCUCAGAAUAGACAGACUUUUGUCAUUUCAUCGGUCAAACUUACUGACAAUGGUCGCUACAGCUGCACGCCAAGUAACAAUAGAGGUCGAGGUGAUCCAGCUUUUGUAGAUGUGAACAUCUUCGAGCCACCAACCAUCAUACGGAAACCAGAAGUUGAAUUGAGUGUUUUUCUGUCAGAACCCAAUCUUCUCUCUCUAACUUGUGAAGUCCGUGGCUAUCCACAACCUAGAGUCAACUGGUAUCAGGAGGGUGAGACUCAAUCAUUAAAUACAAGACCAGACCUGUUUACAGUUAUAACUACGAAUAGACCGGGAGAUGGUUUGAGUUCCAGAGUUGAGAGUAUUUUACAGUUCAAAGGUAACAGCAGGACACUAGCGACUUCCUCGGGACAAAGGAUCGGUUUACAGAUUCGAGACAUGGGAAACUACUCGUGUCAAGCAGAUUCAGACAAACAUACUGAUACCCCGACAACCAGUACAAGAGUUUACAUCAACUUUCCUCCAGUUCUAGAAGCAUCUCCAAAAAUUUUAGCCGCCUCCAAAAUGGAGAGGGCGGAGCUUUCGUGUGCAGGCCAAGGUUACCCUGAGCCAUCCAUCCAGUGGUCCAGUCAAGGUCAGGUGUUGACCUCCCAGCCAGCUGUGCUUUCAGUGACCCAACAAACGCUGAGCGGUGUGGGGAGACUAGAAAGUAAAUUGUCCAUUUUGAAUGUGACAGACAAGUCCUAUGGCACCUACAAGUGUACCAUGAGAAAUGCUCUGGGCAAUGCAUCUCAAGAGAUUAUUUUAACUAAUAAAUCUCCACCAGAGCAGCCGUUGAAUGUGACCGCAGGCUCCAUUACCUGGGAGUCUGUCAUGUUAACGUGGGUGCCAGGAUUUGACGGAGGAAUGAGUCAAAGAUUCUUCAUACAGUUCUACACUACUGGCACAAGUUUUGGGUCAAGUCAGAAACUGGAGGUUUUACCAACAUCGUCCAGAUAUUUUAAUGUUACUAAGCUUCAUCCUUCAAAAACUUAUACAUUCCAAGUUGUGGCUGAAAAUGACUUAGGGUUUGGUCCAGCAUCUCUUCCUGUGGUAGUGACCACCUCAAGUUUAUUAAUUCCAAGCCUCAACAAAAUUCCAGUGUUCGACUCAAGGAGUAGAAAGUUAGUGGUAACAUCUACUUAUGAUAACAACUAUUGCUUGAAAGUGGAGGUGAAGACAAGCAGAACAGAUUGGACACAAACUCAUGGAUGUAUGAUGGUGAUGGGGGGCACCAUGGAAGUCUCCAAUGUUGAUGUCACAGCUAUUAAUGUUACAGUCUGUUUAAGUCAGAGACCAGAGGUCUGUGGAUUACCAGUAACAGCCGAAUUUAAAUCAAGCAAUGAAGCUCAACUGACAGAGGAGCAUGUGAUUAUUAUAGCCUGUGUUUGUGGAGUCAUCAUUGUUACACUUCUUAUUAUCUUAUUUUGCUUCAUCUUUAGAAGAAGAAAAAACGCAGCUAAAAGUUAUCAAAGUGGAAAUCAGGGAGAGCCCCCACCUUACAAUGCUGUACCUCCCAGCAAGAAACCUCAAGGCUUUGACAACCAAGGUAUGGAUACAUCUGACCUCCAACAGACGCCGUCUCCCUCUCCAUCUGUGCAUGCCAUAACUACCAGUUAUACUAACUCUAGUUAUCCUAACAGAAUGGAAAGUUUUCAAGCAAGAGACAAUCCUGUGCCUGUGACUAGGAGUAACACUAAAGAUAAAUAUAUUGAUCUCCACGACCGAGGAAGUGAUCCUAUGAUGGGACCAGACACCCCUGGAUACAACGGGGCCCUGGAUCAAGGGUCAAAUGCCAAGCCUAAGAAGACUGUAAAAAAGAAAUGGCGCUGGCAAUGGAAAAAAAAGGAGCUCCCCCCAGUGCCAAGUCCACAGUUCGCCCAUACGCCCCCAGGGCAUACGUGCAGUCUUCCGUGUUGCAACCAUGACCAGGAUGACCUCGAGGUCACCAAACCUGUCAGUCAUUCCCAGCGUGGAUGCGUCCCGGUACCGCUAGUUAGCGGCCCUGAUUUUUGCAACAAUAACUUUUUCAUGAAAAAAAUAGCUGGUCUGUGUGAUGAACCGUUUGCGGAUGGCUGGGAGUCAAGGUCACUUAGUGACUCUCAAAGCGAGGGACGCAAUAUUCUUCGUUUGAAAAAACACGCAAAAGCUGCGAGCCCUAAACAUGGCGCAGUAACUCUUACAACUCUACGCAGACGUAAACAACUGGCUCCCUGGGAACAGAUUCGAAGUCGCCAAAUAGCUCUUCCAGGCUCCUUGAAACCACACAGAGUGACUUUCUUAAACUUUCAGCCUGGAGAGUCCAGUGAUAGCCAGGAAGUAAUUCCGUCUUCAGAUAAGAGCUCUUUCUCUUCGGCUGUCGCCUUUAUUCAAAAUUCAAAGAAAGAUGAACACAGCCAGCAGACUACUUCCUUACAAACAUUUGUUCCGAAAACUGCCAAGGAAAUCCACGAAAACAGCACAAGUUCCUCAUCCGAGGCUGGUGCCGACUUGGGCGGAAAGAGGCGAUUAAAUUCUCAACUGCCUCCUGUACCUUCCGUGGAAAACAAUAGUGCGGAAGUAGACAGUCUUGGUGAUGUUAGGUCAUUAUUUGAUGAACAUUUGUAUGACGUCCCAAGCGAUCUGAUGUAUAGCCAAGAAUCAGAAAAGGUCACAAAGGCCUUGAGUGUUUCUCUGCCACACAUACCAUCUAUCCCUUUGAAUGACGGCUUCGAUGGAAACAUGGCAGACAUCGAUAAUAAUAGCUUUCAUGGUUCUACCAGUGACAGUGUCAAUAUUCAUGGAUCUGUCAAUGACAGUUCCAAUUAUCAUGGUUCUAUCAGUGACAGUGCCAACUAUCAUGGUUCUGUCAGUGGCAGUCACACGUCUAGCUAUGUGUACAAUGGCUCACUUGUCAGCCACGAGUCAUGUGACCCAUUGUAUAACUUUCGCAAAUCCAACUAUUUCCCGCCAAUUAGGAGACCAAAAAGAAUACCAGUCUUAAUGGACAAAAAUGUCGACACACUUGGACAUCGAGAUGGCAACAUGCUGUUGUAUACAGACAAAAGCUAUAGCCAGCACGACAUUCAUCAGUUGGACCAACAUGUUUCUGGUCAUUUAUUAAACAGACAAAAUAAGAUUAAACUUUGGGAUCUGAAAAGCAUGUCUGUAAACUCUGAACCAAAUAUUUAUUCCACAUUUCCUCUUAGAAGACCAGUCACGGCUCUAUGGACCACUGGUCAGAUUAACCAAAGGUCAAGGCACAGGCACUACAGUGAUGUGUCCUCAAAUCAAAUCAGCCAGAUGUUCAAGACAUCGGAAAGGGGUCAAUAUUUAGAGGACCAUUCAAUAACAAUGGAUGAUCUUUGUCCUGUGACAUCGUCAAAUCGAGAAGAUCUUCCCAACAUGACAGUGUUAUUUAGGCCAGUUAAUAAAUCGAACACAAUAUCAGAUUUUAGUCAAAGGCAUGGACACACACAACAUCUAGAUCUCAGCGGUUUGAAACUGUGCUUAAAUCAAGUUUCAUCUGAAAGCCCCAAGGUACAAGGCAUUGGCAGUACUUUGAGAACUAACACAGUCGACCGUUCAACAACUAAAAGUUGGUCAUUUCCAGGCAACGAGGCACAAAGAUUUCUCUGGACGCAGAACAAUAUUGUCAAUUGGAGAUUGCAGGCAGAACAUUUCAAAGACACAAACUUUAUUACACUAAUAUUAUAAAUCGACCACCGGCGGACAAUGGUUAUGCUUGCCCUGGAUGUGGCUAGAUAUGUACAUCACAGCUUGGAUUACGUAGCCACGAGAAUUAUUGUAUUCCUCUUCUGACUCGACGCCAAGCCUUAUUAUUAUUAUUAUUAUAAAUCAGGAACAUAUAACUGCUCACCACUCCUCAGGGCCGGGCUCAAUUGUGUCUCUAUUUCUUCUCUAACCUAGUAUUCUGCAACCGUUGUGUCAAAAUGUGUGCUACCUGGUACUGUGCUACCCAAAGCAGAUGUCUAUUCACGUGUUUAAACUUUUCUUAUAAGCUUCGAUGAAGAUGAUUUGACUAUGAAACAAAAAGUAAUAACUUGAGGACCUAGUCAGCGUUGUAUUUAUGCAACAAAAGCGAUACCAGUAGCUAGGGCUCAAUAAAUAGUUAACAAUGACAUAUAUUAUUUAGGGGGAGCGGUGGCUGAGUGGUAAAGCGUUUGGCUUCCAAACCGGAGUUCCGGAAUUCGAAUCUCGGUGAAGACUGGGAUUUUUACUUUCGGGAUUUUAGGGCGUCUAUGAGUCCACCCAGCUCUAAUGGGUUCCUGACAUUUGUAGGGGAAAAGUAAAGGCGGUUGGUGGUUGUGCUGGCCACUUGACACCUUUGUUAAAACCGUAGGCCUUAGAAACAGUGACCUUUACAUCAUCUGGGCCAUAGAUCACAAGAUCUGAAAGGAGAACGCUACUCUUUCUGAUAUUAUCUAGACUUAUUAAGGUCACCAUGUCUCCAAAUAGGUUAGGGCCUUUUCAAGUCUAACUUCGGCACUGGAAGUAGUAAAAUCUCUUGGUCUAUAAACUUUCUUUUCUAAAUAAACAAUGUGUAAUUUAUUUUAUUUAUAGACUUAAUCAUGGGUCUAUUUUAUUUAUUUAUUUGUACAGAAAGCCUACUGACAAAAGAAUAACACUUUAAUUCCUAAUGAACGUAAUUAAAUUCACUCAAUUCAAAUGGUUCUCUUCAAAUCCAACCAACGGAAAUAGAUCUUGCAUUUCAAAGUUGAUUUGACCGAGCUGAAUUAUGUUUAGCCAUAAUUUCAAUUUUAGUGGAUGAUUAUUAAUCUUCCAUUAACUCAACGCUUGGUUCACACCUUCUGUUAUAGUAUCACUAAAAUAUUGUUACAGCCCUAUUCGCGACGCAAAAGGGUUAACUGUGUGUGAGUAUCUGACAUAGGUGACACAGGCCAGUAAUACAGUUUGGCGUGCUAUAUUGAAAGGCAAGGGACAGUACUGGCAUGAACUUUGCACGUGAAUAGCGCCCGUGUUAUGGUCAUCUGAUCAUAGGCCUGCGCAGACCAGAGACACUGUGUAAGAAAGCGGCAGUUCAAGACCGGAGACCGGGACUGUUAGUCAGCCAUGAAGUCGGUCCUGGUGCAGUCCUCCAGUGAAACGUACGAGUCCAGGAAGAGACAGUAGAGUUUUGAGUUUAGUACAGAGAUAUACAGUCUAACGUUGUAGCAGUUGAUUGUGUUGCCAAUUGUGUCGUAUUGGCUGUUUGAUUUGACCCUUAUUAAAGUACCAGAUUAUUUGGAGCUCU